UGUAUAAUAAUUUUGUUGUGUUAUUUUAAGCGGAAAUUCGUUAACUCAAAAACAACUAAUAUUGGAAUAUAAAAACAACAAUGAAACAGAUGAUUAAUUUAAGGGUUGCAUUAUUUUAUAACUCAGAACAAUAGGUUGUUGCCAUAUACAUAUAUAUUCGCAAAGAGUGCCAUCUAUAAUAUUUGAGUUAUUCAGUUCAAAUAUUUAAUAAGUUAUUAUUUUUUUGUUCUAUUUAGCAUUAUGAACUGUGGCAGUAUAUUGUUGCUAACAUAUUUUAUAACAACUACGGCGUUUGCCAAAAUUGUUAUUAACAAAGUUGUUGUACGUAUACCUAAGCCGAACGACAUUGGACUAAUUUUCGAUUUAACUGUUGUAAAUUCGCCGUGUAACGAUAGAGAAACGCUGGAAUUUCGCAUACAUUCCGAUGCCACUUGUAGUGUGAAUGUAACCGAAAAUGAAAUUAUGAAAAAUGCAGGUCGUGUAGUAGGUGGAAACUUUGGACAUAUUGUAGCAGGAGCUGCUGAAGUUGUAUCCCUAAUAUGGCCAACAAUUUCUCUGUACAAUCGAGUCGGAAAAUGUCCAAUUGUUGUUACAUCAAAAAAUGCCCGUGGUGUUGAGGAACAUCAUAAACAUGCUAUACAUUUCGACACUCGUUUUACUACGCUCGACCCCGAUUGCCAUACGCUAAGAAAACGGCCUGACUAUAAGGAUUGCAAGAAUUGGGAUAAGGAAUAUUUGAAUAAUUGCACACCUGUAAACUGUCAGGAACGUUACUUUGGACAACGUAGUUUUUAUAAUAAAACUACAGAGCAUUGCGAUCCAGUACCACGCUGUGAUAAACCAAAUAUGCACUACGAUUAUUAUAAUAAUGAAUGUUUGAUCCCCGAGAAAUUUUUUACCGAAGAAGAUAAGAAAAAGAUACUAAGUGGUGAUUUCAGAAAAGAAUGCGAAGAAGAAGAGCAAGAAAUGAAACAAAAAGAGAAAAAGGGCAAAAAGCAAAAACAAUCGGCCAAAUAUCGAAAAGAACAACAGCAGCAGCAACAACAACAACAACCACAGCAUGGAAGCGCCAAACGCGAAGCAGAUAUUUUUGAUGAAGAAUUCAAUUUUUUCCCCCAAUCAAGCUUUGCCGAUCCAGAUAAUAGCGCUAAAAAUCCACAGCCAACGGUCGGUGUAAAAACCGACAACGGUUAUAUACCGUACUGGUUGAAGGGCAUAUUGGAGGGCUUAGUGGUAGUUGGUGCUAUAAUCAUUUUGCAGGUUCUAGCAACAGUAGCUAUUUAUGUGCUAAUCUGUUUUGUGAUAUUCCUUAUUGUCACAUGGAUAUCACGUCGUCAAAUCAAAUGUCACAGAGAGACAACGUGCAUAUUGCGAUCGCCAGCGCCUUCGGAAGGUACAGAAGAGCCAUUGAUAACGCCGUCCAGCUUGUUGUCUCAGCGGAACUAAGCCGUUUUCGACAAUUCAAACAAUUUUCGUAAGUCAAGUUUUGAUUAUUCUUGUUUGUUUUAAACAUAUAUAAUGCGUUUAUUAAAUUUUAUUCAUCCAAAUUUCUGUACUAGCGAAGACCAAACGUUAUAUUUUAUUGCCGCAAGUUCAUAUAUGGUUUGGCUCACCCAUUUUUGGCCUGAAAUACUUGAAUAUAAAAUAUGAAUAUUUAAACUGCUAUCAAGAAACUUCAUUUACAUGCCUUUAAAGGCUGAAAAUAAGUAUGAUUGCAAUGUUAUAUUCUAUUAUACAUAUUUACUGAGAUUUACGUUAUUGCUUCCGAAUUCUUGUUUACUUUUUGAAUACUUUACUUUUAUGCAAUUUUGAUAAGAUUCUUAUACGUUUUCAUAAACAUUUAUUAUAAUUACAAAACGAUUACAAAAUGGCAAUUUUAUAAUUCUACUCCAGCAUAAUAACGCCUGCUUAUUGAACCAGGUUGAAUUUCUCUUGAUGUCCACUCAAAUUUGUGCAUUUAGCGUUAGCUCUCAAGGCCUUAAACGAACACACUGUUAACUUAUAUACCAUAAACCAGUGACGGAUUUACCGAUAACAGAUUCAUCGACUAUUAUUAUUAAAGUGUUGGCAUACUUUUUAUUUGAAGAUAAAUAAGUUGUUCAAUAAAGAGCUUUCAGUACGUAAGAAACCGACUCAUACAGUUUUUGGGCAGAUGCGCGCGAAGAGAUUUUGGAAUUGAAAGCCAAAAUCAAAGAAAAAAUGUAAUGUGAACUAAGCUAUGACGAGUUAACAAUGGAAAGAACCAAUAUUGAUUUUUGCACCUGUAUUAUUCUCUCUCUCUUCUAUUAUGUAUUUUUCUUAAGCUACCCCUUUCUACAUUCUACGUUCAUAUACUUGUUUGCUAUAAAUAUUCAAAAAUACGCAUUCACUUAUGUCCUGUCAUAUUUAUGCAGAACAUUUGCAAAUUUAGCGAUAAGAAAAUUAACGAACUGUGCAUAAAAUGAGUUAAUGAAUGAGAAGAAGCGCUGAAUGAAGGGGUUCCAGACUUUAAUUAGCUAUACAUACAUAUGUAUGUAGAUGAACACAGUUGUGCAAAUAUACAUAUAUAUAAACGCGACAAGUCUUUUGGGGUUGGUAAGGGAAGCUAGAAUAUUCUGCAAAACUAAAAUACUGUCACAAAGGUGUCACCUCGGAGUGAUAAAUUUCCUUAACAGGUAUAAAAUUAUUUUUGUUCCACAGGAUUAUUAUAACUAUUAAAAAUACAAUCAAGCGCUUAUUAGAAAAUUUAAGCUAAACACAUUCUGAACUCGGGUCUUGUUGACUUCAAAUUAUAAUAAAAGCUGCCAGUGUGCUGAAAAGUCUACAGAGUGUUGUAAAGAAUACCUAAAAUUUGUCACUACAUCAAUUGUUUUAAAAUUUCAGAUGUAUAUUUAUGCAUAUUUAAUGAAUGCAAAACAGAAUUUUUGCAGAUAAAAAUUAGAGGCUUUUCGAGUUAAUGGCGAUCUCUGACGGCGCUAAAGAAUGAUGCCAGCCUUCUUCGUGGAUAAACAAAUAUUUUCACAACCUUAACGGCUAAUAUAACUGAUCGAACUGAGCGCUUGCGCUUUAGAUGCCUGUAACUCAAAAAAUAUUUUUUAUAAAAUUUUAGUAGGGCAUUUCUAAAAAUAUAGGUUUUCGAAAUAUGAAAAAGUACAAAGUUACUUUUUUUCAUAAUUUCUCAAUAGACGUGUCGCUUAAAAAAUCCUCAGUUUUCGUUUUGUUUGGUCAUUAUGAUUUCCGGCAAAACAUAGAAUUAUUUAUUUAAUUUUUUUCUCUAUCAAUAGUUAUAUUAUUUAUUAUGCGUUUACUUUCUGUUCCAACGAGUCUGUAAACAUUGGAUAUUGCUCAUAUAAUAUUGUAAAUAAUAGCUUCAACUUAGACGGCAUUGCUAAUAACAUUUUUGCAUUAUAUGUCAUAUAUUAACGACAUGCGACAUUUCGCUGUAUUCAUACCCUUUCGACGGCUGAAUGUCAAAUUCCGUACACUAAUUGUUGUCGUUUAAUUAAAAUGCAAUUUCUUGGAAACUCAUUACAAGUAAAGGAGGAGCGCAAAAUGCGCCGUGACAUUAAUGAAAAAUUCUAUGCACUGACAAACAUACGCAUUUAUGUAUGUGCGUACAUAUCUAUAUAAUGCAUAUACACUUAGUAGUUGCUUCGUUGCAACUGAUCCUUGAUCGUAUCGUCAGUCGUCCUAGCAGCAUACUACAUAUAAAGUGCAUGAAAAGAAAGGUAUUGAAUGGAAGAGAAGGAAGUCAAGCUCAAGUCUGCGCCCUACUUUAGCUUUAUCGCUUACGCUGUUGUAUAUUUUGUUUGUAAGUAAAGUUUGUUGUUGACAUUCUGCUUUGCAAAUUUAAUGGGUUUCCGUUGUUCAGUUAUUAAUUUUUUUUUGUGCGAGUUGGUGUGUUUUCUUUAAUCACAUUUUAGUUAUGUUUUGUUUUUUGUUUUUACUUUUUUCUGCUUUCACUCCACUUCAUUUCGUUUUGUGCUGCUAAUUUUAUUGUUUAUUGUUGUUGUAACGUUUAAAAAAUAUGAACUGAAGUUACAGUUUUUAUGUGCAUUUUUAUGUUUUAAUCAAAUUGUCCGGUUGGUCAUUCGACUUGCAUUAAUGCUGAAUUGAGUUGACACCCGUUCAGAUGUUAGCUGCUUCUGCUCCGUGCUGUUUUAUGGUCAAUGCUACGCGCACGAUCCGAAUGCGGCAAAGUUAUUUGCCACAAAAGUGGUAAAAUGGCAAAUGGUAAUUAAUCACUAGCCACUUUAAUUUAUGCCAGUCUCGUGAAUGCUUUUUGGUUUCCCCCAUUCUGGGUAAAUAAGUUUUAAUAUAUUUGUAGGCGACCGCUAUUAUGCACAGUGGGCAGGUGACAGUUUUAUGAUGCAUUGCGAGUCAUUAGCGGUUGAAGGCUGCUCUUUGCUGAUCCCGGUACAUACUAAUAUAUACGAGUAUAUUAUAUACAUACAUAUGUAUGCACUCGGGGAGGCGCCUUAAAAG